AUGUAUGACAGAGUUCGGUUUGAAAAUCCUACGGCUUUUAUGCCCUUCACCAAUUUGACUUGCCUCGCCAUGCUCAACCUUCGAGGCAGGAUUCCUCCAUGGGCCAAGUGUAUAGCCAACAUUCUCAUCGCAAGCCCUGCAAUGGAGAGUCUAAGCAUUUCCUUGAGCGAGAGCUCUUUUGAGGGGACAAGCUCUCUAAUGAACUGCGAGGAGAUCCUCCAGUCAUUCAUGGUAGACAUCUGUGCUCGCUACGCUAAGGAACAGGAGCCUCUUAGGCUUAAAAGGCUUCAUCUAGACGACUAUAUAAUGCCCCCAAAACGCCAAAACUUGGAAUUGCUUACAGAUCUUACUGUUUUAGAGGAAAUCUCAGUCUACAACAACUGCGAGAUAGAAGAUGCCGAAUACAAGAUCGACUUCAGCAUAUUUUCCCCCGAGAUUAGCCCUUCGCUAAAAGUUAUCUCUUUCCACGAGCUACCAGACGAAAUAUGGCAAGGUUUUGCUGGCUCGUGUGUUGGGACGAGGCCCAUCGAGCUUCGUUUUAGCCACCACAUUGGGGAUGAGGAAGAGACCUAUCGGUUUCUCCAGGACUACUUGGGACCCAAAAUCCCCGAUCGUCGUUUUCCGCAACAGCAUGGUCCCACGACUUGCCCCGAUGGCAACACACUUGAGGAUGUGGAUUCUCAAGAACAGCUGACGCUUUUGGGUAUCAAUAUCAGGUACUACAAUUUAGUACGACUGGGCAAGCCUCACUACGUUACAAAUAUCUGCGAUACAAUUUCCAAGUUGCCAAGGCUAGAAGCCUUAUGGCUGGACGGUUCAAAGACUAACAGGACGUUGAUGGAAUCAAAUGCAUGGCACAAUUCUGCAAUGGAGCUGGCGCGCGCUGGCCCCUUGCUAACAUAUAUUCGCAUCCAUGGUGUACCAUGGCAGGCUUGUAGAGAACCGGAACUCAAGCUCAUCUAUCUGGACGAAUGGGAUGAUGAGGAGGUCCGACCAGACUUUUUCGAUACUGAGUAUCCGAGUGCCUGGGCAAAUAUCCAACGCUAAUAAACGGAGGCCCC